AUGCGGAGAGGGGUCUUCCUCAGGGAAAGCAAAAGAGUCCCGCUUCCUAGAGAGGCGGCUGGAACGAAGGAAGGGAUUUAUGAAUGGGAAGAGUCGCAUCCUGCCCCUCCCCCGCGACUGGGGGGGUCGGAGGCAGCCUUUGAUCUCCCGCCCCCCACGCGCGGCAGCCUUCCUCUCCCUCUCUUCCUUCUCCCCCCUUUCCAAACAAGGGAUCUGGAAGAAACCUUCAUCCUUAACCAGGUGGAUUUCCAGUUUUUCCUGCAAAGUACCUUCUCUGCUUGGCGACAUGUGCAAUUGACCUGUUUCCUAUGCUGGAUUUGCCUUCACCCUAAAUCCCAGGCCGUCAGAAGAUUCGGCAGCAAGGGAAGGAGCCGCUCCCGACCUCUUGGGAGCCACAGAUCGAAGAUGGGAGAGCGGGAGCUGGCUGGGUCCCUAGCAAGACAGGACCCUUGCGUCACCCAGACUAGGAGCAGCGGGGGAUUCUGGGAAAGAACUGCACAGGAGAUCCCAGGAGAGGAGGUCGUCCUCAGCUCAGAUGCUCAGCGCCAGCGUUUUAGGCAUUCCCGCUACCAGGAGGCCGAGGGACCCAGAGAGGUUUUGCAGCCGACUCCACCGCCUUUGCCGUCGGUGGCUGAAGCCCAGAGAGACACACCAAGGCUCAGAUCCUGGAUUUAGUGAUCCUGGAGCAGUUCCUGGCUGUCCUCCCCUGGAGAUGGAGAACUGGGUCAGGGAAUGUGGAGCGGAGACCAG